UUGUAUUGACGUCAGAGAUAUGGUGAGGGUUCCAAACAGGUUAGCUGUAUUCUAGAAUUGGUCUAGCAAAUGUUUUAUAUUUAUUUUAUUUAUUUAUUUAUUUAUUUAUUUCGAUUUUUAUACUGCCCUUCUCCCGGAGGACUCAGGGCGGUGUACAGCCAAGUAAAAAUUCAAUAUAUAAACAUUAAAAAGAGGUUAAAAAGAAAUAUUAUAAUGUGACCAAAAUUUUAAAACCAUUUAAAAUCUUAAAACAUAAAUACCCCAAUAAAAUUUCAAUCCGGUCCCGCUUGAAUAAAUAGGUGCGUUUUCAGCUCACACCGAAAGGUCCGAAGAUCAGGCAAUUGACGUAAACCGGGGGGAAGUUCAUUCCAGAGCGUAGGAGCUCCAACAGAGAAGGCCCUUCUCCUGGGGGCCGCCAGCCGACAUUGCUUGGCGGACGGCACCCUGAGAAGGCCCUCUCUGUGUGAGCGUAUGGGUCGGUAGGAGGCACAAGGUAACAGCAGGCGGUCCCGUAAGUACCCGGGUCCUAAGCCAUGGAGCGCUUUAAAGGUGGUAACCAAAAUCUUGAAGCGCACCCGAAAGACCACAGGAAGCCAGUGCAAGCUGCGCAGGAUUGGUGUUACAUGGGAGCAACGAGUUGCCCCCACUAUUACCCGCGCAGCUGCAUUCUGGACUAGUUGCAGCCUCCGGGUGCACUUCAAGGGCAGCCCCAUGUAGAGAGCAUUGCAAUAGUCCAAGCGGGAAGUGACAAGGGCGUGAGUGACCGUGCAUAAGGCAUCCCGGUCAAGAAAGGGGCGCAACUGGCGCACCAAGCGCACUUGGUGGAAGGCCCUCUUGGAGACGGCCGCCAAAUGAUCGUCAAACGACAGCGCCCAUCCAAGAGGACACCCAAGUUGCGCACCCUCUCCGUUGGGGCCAAUAACUCGCCCCCCACAGCCAGCUGCGGCUGCAGCUGACUGUACCGGGGUGCCGGCAUCCACAGCCACUCCGUCUUGGAGGGAUUGAGCUUGAGUCUGUUUCUCCCCAUCCAGACCCGUACAGCUUCCAGACACCGGGACAGCACUUCGACAGCUCUGGUUAGUAGUGUAGUGUUUUUGGAAAAGAAGCUACGCAAGAUUAGGUUUACAACUCUUAGAGCCUUUUUUGCUAUGUAUUUGCAGUGGGCUUUGGCACUUAGAUCAUUUGACAUGAAAACUCCAAGGUCUUUAACGGGAUGGGGGUCAUCUGUAAGGUAAUGUCCAUCAAGCAAGUACUUAGUGUUUGGGUUCUUUUUUCCUAUAUGUAAGACUGAGCAUUUGCUGGUUGAGAUUUGGAGUUGCCAAGUUUUAGACCAAGCGGUUAGAUGAUCAAGGUCCCUACCGCCCACUAGUGGGUGUUCCAGCUUUCAUGGUGGGCAGUAGGGGUUUUGUCUGAUACUGAAGCACUUUCCUUUUUUAAAAUUUAAUUGACUUUAAAAAAAAAUAAUAGCAUUAUUUAAAAACAUUUUCAUUAGGUUUUCAUAUAAUUCCCCGUAACAAUUUAAAUUUCUGAAAAUAGACUAUUUGUAUCGCCCGCGCAUAAGUUCACGUUACCCAAGUGAAACUAAAUGGCGCUAGAGCGCGACCGCAAACAGAAGAGCCUCGUCCCAGAAUAGCUCAUGUGUCUCCCCCCCACACCACCCAGCUGUAACAAACAAGCAGAGCUGGUAGCCGGCGCCCCCCCAACCCCAAUCCACGAUGCGCGAGAGGCAUGCGCAGACAACAAUACACUUUAUAAAUCACCAUUACUGUGGAACCGGUGGGCGGCUAGAAAAUUUUACUACUAAAAGAGAUACAAAAGUGGGCGGUAGGUAUAAAAAGGUUGACUACCCCUGGUCUAAGGUUAAAGUUUUGGGGGUUUGGGGAAGAAAUCACAGAGUCAGGUAGUGCAUUCCAGGUGUUGACCACUCUGUUGCCAAAGUCAUAUUUUCUGCAGUCGAGUUUGGAGCAGUUUACCCUGAGUUUGUAUCAGAGAGUCUUGUGGAGGUGCUUUUCAGAUUUCCUUGAGAAGAACAACCCUUGUUCCCCAAAAUGGCUCAGAAAAUCCCUUUGAGCCAGGUUGGUCCUAUGAGUGGAAAGUCUUCUGCCGAUCCAAGAGAUUCUUUGGUGCUGUGGAAUCAUACAGACAACAAGGCGCCACAAGACACAGCAAGGGAAGCAGAAGGAAAAGGGUCCCACGCUGUCGAGCCUGGGGCUCCCGGGGAAGUCUGGGAACAGGCCAAGAAGAACAUUCUGGAAGAAGAAGCCAGUUGGGUUGCACAACAUCGCCAUAUCCGUGACUUCUGCUACCAAGAAGCCGAAGGGCCCCGAGACAUUUGCAGCCGUCUCUACCAUCUCUACCGUCAGUGGCUCAAGCCGGAAAUACACACAAAAGCACAAAUGCUGGACUUGGUGAUCCUGGAGCAGUUCCUGACCAUCCUUCCUCCGGAAGUAGAAAGCUGGAUCCGGGAGUGUGGAGCGGAGACCAGUUCCCAGGCGGUAGCCCUUGCAGAAGGCUUUCUUCUCAAUCAGGCCGAAGAGAAGAGGCUGGAAGAGCCGCAGGAACCCUUCGUGAGGACGUUUGCUGGACCCUCUAAAAUACGGGGAGAUACGCCAUAUCGUUCUCAGGAUCUGGUCUUACGAGGCAUAUCCCAGGAAGAUACAGAACUAGGGAACGGAAUGACACCGAUGGAAACAUCUCUUCUUUUUCGGGGUUCAGAGACCACGAUUGUACUUCCAGCUCAGGAAGAAGUGGGGGUCAAUUUCACGAAGGAAGAAUGGGCUCUCCUGGAUUCCAGCCAAAGAGUUCUGCAUGGAGAAGUCAUGAUGGAGACAUCAAGGAUCUUGGCUUGUCUCAGAGCUGAACGAGGGACAAAGAGCUAUAAGGAGCCACAUCUGGCCCCAGAGCCAACCAGCAAAAAUGAAAUGACUGAAGAGACAUUUUGCAGUCAGUCGAAACCCACAAGAGGUGACGGAAACCAUCUAAAAUACGGAGCAGAGAAAGCUGCCGCUCCCCCUGCGGAAAUCCAGAACUUCCAAAUCCAAUCAGAUUCAAAAGGAGAAAGAACAGAGAAGUGUCAAUUUUGUGGGGAAAGAAUAACGGAUAAAACGGACUCGUGUAAACGUUGUGGCACCCAGAAUAAAAUGGAACGACACGGAGGCACAGGAUCCAGAAGGUAUGACAACCGGCCCAACCCCGUGACUAUGACUUACUACAUAGCAGAGAAACCAUAUCACUGCACCGAGUGCGGGAAGAGCUUCCGUCAGAACUAUCAACUCAGUUACCACAAACGAACCCACACAGGGGAGAAACCCUAUAAAUGCAGCGAAUGCGGGAGAGGAUUCGCGCUCAGCUGUUCCCUGACUACCCAUAAAAGGACCCACACGGGAGAGAAACCUUAUAAAUGCCUGGAGUGCGGAAAGAGCUUCUGCAGGAACAGUUCCCUGAUUUCCCAUAGAAAGGUCCACAAAAAGGAGAAACCCUGUUAAGGUAAAGAAGCAAGGAAAGAGCUUUGUCGUUCUACUGGACUUAUUUCCUGAAAACGGAUCCAUGUGAUGACUUGGGGCACGGCACAGAGGCAACACAGGCAGCUGACAGCUCAAACCGCCCCUUUAUUGCUCCAACUUUCCCCCAAACGCUCCCCCGUUUCUGGCAGGUCCCAGAGCAAAGUGAUAACACCCAUACGUACACACACCUCCAGGAGCCUCUGGCAGCAAAUAGUCCAGUACAACGCUGCGAGCACAACAGCUGCAGAGCGAAAAACCCAGCCGGGCAAGGGAUUAACUCAAGGAGGAGAGCAAAGAACAAGGCAAUUAAUCCAGGAAUCGUCCGACUUCGGCAACAGCACACAACAUUCAAUGAAUUCAGCGUUUGUUCCCGACAAAUGUCCCUCCCCACAGUGUCUCCUUAAAGCUCAGUCCCCAGGUGUGCCUUGUAAAGAGGGGCAGGGUGCUCUCCUCCCGAGUCAUCGGGUCAGCCUGUGCUGUUCCUGCCUUCUGUCCUCUCUCCGUGCUCAAGGAUCAGGAGGGGGUGGUCCUUGCUCAUCGCCUGAGCUCUGUCUCUCAUGUUCACUGCUUAGCCUCUCUUUCUUGUGACCCAGGCCCAAGUAGAUAGUAAUAGUCCAUGGAAAAACAAACUUUAUUCUAACAGCUGGGAAUUACUUCAUUCCCAGCGUCGUUCAACUCAAAACAAAUGCCUCCCAACACAAAUUCCUCAGUUAUCUCACAAACCUUAGUCCAAUUAGGCAAACUGCCAAAGGUCCUUCCUGGCAAACGUCCAGAAGCCACAAAAACAAAGACAUAUUCAAAGCAGAAGACGCAGCUACAACAUUGUUUUCCGGCAAAGCUGAAACGCCGUUGCUGGUCUGUUUUAAGCCUUAUGGGAGGAGCCAAUCAUCUCUUGGCCCUACUCCCGAGUUGUCCUCUCUGCUUGAGCUGCUCUUGCCUUCUGGCAGCUCUUCUCAUGCGUGCAUUAGGAACAGGCUCCUCCUGUUCCUCUGCCUCACUACUAUCAGUCUCUGGAGGCUCUGGAGUCCGCACCUCACUUCCCGAUGGCCCUGGCCUCACCUCAGCCUCAUCGCUGUCCAACUCCGUUGCCAGCUCCAUAGGCUGAUGACAGAUCACAACACUCUUGUUCAUCCUGCCCCCGGUUCCUCCCUGCCUGCAAGCUGCCCCAAUCCUGAAAAGCCCUGACCUGACUGGGCCUGCUCCUCCCCACCUUCUUCCAAAGCUCGAUCUCUAUUGGCUCCAGUUCCAGCUCAUCUUCCUCCUCAGUUUCAGGCUCCGACGGGGGCGUGACAAUCCAUUCAAGCAAACGUACAUCAGUCAAACGUGCAUCAUUUUCUCCCAGCUGUUCUUUAACCUCCGUCACGGCCAUGCUCCGAAAUGUGAGGAGACCAUGACAUAAGUCUAAAGUUGGUGAAAUAUGAUUACUUAUAGAUUUAUAUACCGCUUCCACAGUGCUUUACAGCAGGGGUCCCCAGCCCCUGGUUCACGGACCGGCACUGCAGCAUGCCAGGAACUGGGCCACACAAACAAGCAAAGCCCCAUCCACGGGAUGCAGGCAGCAUACGAAACCACGCUCCCUCCGGUCUGCAGAAAAACCUCUCUCCGUGGAACCGGUCCCUGGUGGUUGGAGGCUGCUGCUCUACAGCCCUCUCUAUGAUCCUCAAUUUAGGACCCUAAUUGAGCCAGUUAUGAAGCAGGUCACUGCAUAGCCGUGCCUGAUUUAACUAACUUUUUUUUUUUUUUUGCGGUGAUUUAACGAACAAUCCCAUUAUACCCAAUUUUUUUUUCUGCUAGAAACCAGAAGUAAAUAUUGGUUUCCGAUAAAAGUGCCAUAAAUCACAGGUAACCAUGGGACAUGGUAUAAAGCCUUAAUUCCCUCCAGAAAUUAGCUGGCCACCCCAUCCCCACUCUGAUACUCUUUCGUAAGGCUCGGAAGAUGUAGUUGCACAACCAACCUCUUAUUUUUCCUCGGCCUCACCCUAGUUUAAAUCUUAUAGUCCUGGCACUCCAUGCAUCUGAUGAAAUGAGCUGCAGUUUUUUUACUAUGCUGCUAAAUUAUUAUUAUUUCUUCUUCUUCUUCUUCUUCUUCUUCUUCUUCUUCUUCUUCUUCUUCUUCUUCUUCUUCUUCUUCUUCUUCUUCUUCUUCUUCUUCUCCUCCUCCUCCUUUUCGUCCUCCUCCUCCUCCUCUUCUUCCUCCUUUUCUUCCUCUUCCUCUCCUCCUCCUCCAUCCUCCUCCUUUUCCUUCCUUCUUCCUUCCUUCCUUCCUUCCUUCCUUCCUUCCUUCCUUCCUUCCUUCCUUCCUUCCUUCCUUCCUUCUUUCUUUCUUUCUUUCUUUCUUUCUUUCUUUCUGUGCUAUCCUGGGGUAAUAUUACUCUCAAAGAAGAUAUACAAGUUUCCCUUCAUUAAUUUUUAUAACUGCUCUGGAAUAAUUUCACAGAAGGUGCUUGGAGCAGCCACAAAUAAUUGUGGCUGGUUAGAUAAUUAAAUAAUUUACGUAAUUAUUUAUUUAUUUAAAUAAAUAAAUCAAUAAUUACAGCCUGGUUAGAAACACAGCCUGAAGGAACCGACAUUUCCAGCUAUCUACUUUUUCUUUCUUGUCAUGAUCUUUAUGAUGAGGUGCAAAUUUUCCCAUCUGGUUUUUAAAAUCAAGUUUUUAUUUAGAUCUGUUUAUGCAUACAAUGAAGGGACGCGGUGGCUCAGUGGCUAAGAUGCUGAGUUUGUCGGUCAAAAGGUCGGCAGGUCAGCGGUUCAAAUCCCUAAUGCCGCGUAACGGGGUGAGCUCCCGUUACUUGUCCCAGCUUCUGCCAACCUAGCAGUUUGAAAGCAUGUAAAAAACGCAAGUAGAAAAAUAGGGACCACCUUUGGUGGGAAGGUAACAGAGUUCCGCGCGCCUUUGGCGUUUAGUCAUGCCGGCCACAUGGCCACGGAGACGUCUUUGGACAGCACUGGCUCUUCGGCUUUGAAAUGGAAAUGAGUACCGCCCCCUAGAGUCGUAAAUGACUAGCAUAUAUGUGCGAGCAGAACCUUUACCUUUUAAACAUACUGUGAUGUCUUGUGUCUUCUCAGCACCACCAGCUGUGGUCUGAAGGCCUUUCUUUGCCUUUUUAACUUUUCUUCUGUUCAAUUUCUAAUUUUGUUUUAAUGUUGUUGUUUUAACAUUUUAACUAUGCCUUUUCAUAUGACUGUAUAACUUUUAUUUGUAAAGUGCUCAGAGUCACACAGGUGAGAUGAGCCGUGUUGAAAUUUGGUAAAUAAAUUUUUAAAAACCACUA